GUUCAAUUUAUUAUUCGUCUACGUUUCUGUGUCUCAUUUAAGGAUAUAUCCGCUGUUGAUUUUUCUCUAAAUCAAUAUUGCAUAUGUCAAGAACGAAAAACAGCAGCCAUCACAAAACGGAAAUUCAGAUCGGAUGAUUUUUAGAUUACUUUAUACAAGACCCUAUUGCUUCCAGGAACCAAUUGGCUAAAUUCUACCGAGUAAAUUUACCGAAUUCUGAUUAGGUCAGAUGAUAUUUUCAUGGCUUUUCUCUUUGUUUCAGACUUUUUUCGGCCCAAACAUAUUCCCAGAGUUCCCUUAGUUUUAAGUCCAAUCAUUCCUCUGAGCGUUCUCAAUAUCAAGAUAUUGAGUUCAAGAAUUCAUACUGCGUAUUUGUUCGAGCCUGAAGGUUUCCCAGUCCUUCAAAAAAUUUGUGAUCUCAUCAGCUCCACACCAGCGGGAAGAAUAUAUUCGAGAUGGCAGGACUUUGGAGUCCAUCUGGAUCUGACCAAAGCACAGUUAGAUUAUAUAAAGAAUGAUUUAAGAGGCCUGCAAGACCCUACAUAUUAUGUUUUAUUGACUUUCGUUCAGUCUAUCGAUGCAACAAUGGAUAAAGUAUUAGCUGCAUUGCAAAAAAUGAACAGGUUGGAUGUCGUUGACAGACUUUCUGAACCUCUGAUGCUUUUCAUGAAGAGUCUGAGCAUACGUUCUCAAUCAACAAGCUUAUUGAGACCCAAACGUGUACCCAACAUACCCGCAAUGCUACGUCCAAUCGUCCCAAGUAAAACACUUUCAUCAACAUCCGGAACGCGACUGCUUCAUUUAACAGAUAUUGAUCUGCCAAUAAAUUAUUCGAAUUCCUUGGAGAAGGAGAAGCAAAAUUAUGGGAGCAUUGUGAUGUUGACAUUCACAGAAGAUGGACAGGAAACAGCAAGGAACAUUGGUAAAAUAUUCAGACAGAAAAAUCCAAGGAUUGGGGUACUGAUUCUUCAAGAGCAAGCGAAGCUCGUGAACUCCAGAGCUGAGGAGUUCAUCGACGAUUGCUUCAAGCAAGUGAAUUAUAUCAUUCCAAUACUGACGAAGGGGUACAUCGAGCGUAUCAAUAAUCUAAGGAAUUGCUACUAUAGAUCUGAAGAGAAUUCGCUCGACUCAAAAUAUCUGAACUAUGUUUAUUCUCUGUUGAGAUUUGAGUACCUCAAAAAUAACUGCUGCAACCAUAGAGUCAG